CACCAGAAGAAGAGACUGUUGAAAUGGAGGAAGAAGAAGCUGUAGAAAUGGAGGAAGAGAUCAAACCUGCUAAGCCAGCCAAAAGGAAUAGAAAGAAGAGGAAGCCUCCUACUCCUGAGGAGUACUAUAGCUAUCUCAAAACACUGGAGUUCGAAGGCACAAGACAUCCUCAUCGGGAAACAAUGGCUGCUUUGGGAAUUGCUGAAGAUGUGGACUACCUUGCUGAGACGUGCGGUUUAAAAACCUUCCUGGGGUAUAGUUUCGAGGGAUAUCAAGAGGAGACCUGCCAGCUCCUAGCUACUCUCGACGUACACUUCUACGCGGAUGAACAAGAAGAAGAGAAUGAGAGAGGUUUUGGAUACAUCACGUUCUCUGUCAAGGGAAGAGACCACUCACUAACGAUCAGGGAGCUCAAUCUCUUGUAUGGAUUCCCGAGCAAGGAGGGAUUGGUGCAAAAUUUCGAUAAGCGCGAACUCCAAGCCUUCUGGAAGACGAUCGCCGGACCAGGAGAUUACAUACCUUCUAAAAGCAAGAGUUCCUCUAUUAGAAGCCCAGUGGUGAGGUAUCUACACCAGUCCAUUGCUAGCAUGUUCUUUGCAAAGAAGAUCACCGGUACCAUGAGUGAAGGUGAACUGCAGCUUCUGGACUUAGCUCUCCUAUUCACCUUAAGAAACACUAGUGAUGGAGCAGAAAUGGAGUAUGCUGCAACAAUGCAUAGGUCAGGGCGCAAAGGAAGCUUGACCAUUGGCGGAAUUCUGACACCAAUUCUGGUAGCUGCGAAUAUAGACGUGGGAACAGGAGACGCUUCCCCAAAUUGGAUCGAUAUGGCGUACCUAAGAAAGAAGGGCUACCUUGAUAAAACAGCUCCUGAAGGUGUGUUGCUCUAUGUAUUCAACCACCCUGAAGAAGGAACUUCUAGGCUGCUUCUACCAUGCACGAAUCACACCACGAUUAGGGCUGGUGAGAACAUCGACUUCUGCCCACCAUCCUUCAUUCUCUACGAUUCACAAGUCGCCCCUGCCUCUCCACCGCCUCAAGCAAUGCACGAGGACGACCAGGAGCAAACCCAAGACGCUCCUGAUGAUUAUGCACCAGAGCGGUUCUUCUUCGAGGAAUACAAAGCUCCUAGGCAGACCAAAAGCGAGAGAGAAGCUCACAAGCGCAUAGGACUCCUGCAAGGAUUGGGAAAGUUUCAAGGGAAGGCGAUGCGAGGAUUGUCAAAGAAGGUAGACUCAUUGACCACCAUGGUGAAGAAGAUGGCGCUUCAGAUCACAGACCUCCAGAAGAAGUCCAAGCAUUCCCCAUCAUCAUCAGAAGAGAGAGGUACUUUGAGAAGAAGCGGUUCCUCAAGCAUGGCUCCAAGACACGCGGUAAAGGCUGAUCCUCCUAGAUAUUCAUCCUUUGAACCGCGCCAGAGGGAAAGCCAAGAGGAGUCUGCACCACUCCCCAAACGUUCGCAAAGGCAUCGCAGCAAGCGGAAGGUUCAGCGGCCAAGUCCAGAGGCAGACUCGACCAUGGAGCUCGAUGACACGUCGAGUCUGCACGUCGAGCAGCCUGCUCCAGAGCCAAGUAAUCCUCCCUACAUGCAGGACAACGUCGACGUCGAGCAGCCUCUUCCAGAGUCAAGCACAGCUCCUUCUUACACGCAUGAGAGCAUGGAUGAGUUCCUCGACACCUACUUCGGAUAAAACCAAAGUAUCACUCAUCCCCCUAAACCAUUG